CAACGUUAUUUUUGACCCAACUUUACUUUACAUCUUCGCAUUUCCUCUCACAAACUCAAAAGCCCCAAAAACCACACGCACCAAUCUCCACUACCUCUCUCUAUCAUUCAAACUCACGCGCGUUAAUCGGAGAUUCACGCGCCACCAUGUCCUCCCCACCGACACUCCCCGUUUCCACUUCCCAAUCCACCAUAUCCAACACCAGCACCACCCAAUCUCAACCACCGAUCGCCACCCCCGCUUUCCGCGCCUUCAUCUCCCGCAUCUCCUCCUCCCUCCGUCAAGCCUUCUCCCAACGCCGUCCGUGGUCCGAACUCAUCGACCGUUCCUCCAUCUCCCGUCCCGAAACUCUAGCCGAAGCAUACUCCCGAAUCCGCAAGAAUUUCACAUACUUUCGUGUCAAUUACCUAACCCUAAUCAUCUUCGCUCUCGCAGUUUCCCUCAUUACACAUCCAUUCUCCUUGCUCGUUCUUCUCGGUCUUCUUGCUUCGUGGUCGUUUCUCUACCUCUUCCGUCCUUCCGAUCAACCUCUCGUUCUCUUCGGACGCACGUUUGCAGAUCGUGAAACGCUAGGGAUUCUUGUGGUUCUAACGAUUUUCGUAGUGUUUCUUACAACCGUUGGAUCGUUGUUGAUCUCUGCGCUUAUGGUUGGAUUGGCGAUUGUGUCUGCGCAUGGUGCGUUUCGUGUUCCGGAAGAUUUGUUUCUUGAUGAUCAGGAGGUGAGUAGUUCGGGAUUCUUAUCGUUUCUAGGUGGAGCUGCUGCUGCUAACGCCGCGAUUCAACGCGUGUGAUUGGCGGUAUCUGUGAUUUGGUGGAGUUUUCUAUUAUGAGAGGUAAAAACAUUUUUCUGCACAGGCUUAUGUGAUGCAAUGCUGGAACCUGGAAGCCUGGGUUACAGCCUACUGGUGCCAUCUAUGGGGAGUGACAUUUUGGUCACACACAAGAGUUACCAUAUAUUUCUACUUGUUUUUGUAUCCCUGAGCCUCGCUUCAAAUGCAUACCCAUGUGAAUGUCCAAGCUGUAGCUUUUGGGAGUAGCUUUAUAAUUCAAUUAGCAUUUUAAUACUUGAUAAUACACAACAUUACCUCCCCAAUUUGAUUUGAGGAUCUUUUCUAGAAAAACCAGACAUGGAAUGAUUUUAUGGUUUUGUUGGUUUAGUACUAGUUAUUAAUUCCUAUUAUCUUCAAUUAGUA